AUGAAUCCUGUGUUUAGAAGAGAGUUUCGAAGAUUACUCGUAUGUAGAUUUGGCGGAGAGAAAGUCGAGAAUCAUCAAUUAGAAGACCAACCAUCUCGUGGGUAACUGCCCCGACAGCCCCGCCUGCAUUUAUGGUUCCAGCGUUCCCGAGAACACCUGAUCGCAGACUUAGUAACAACAACGAGACUGCGGAAGAAGAGAUGGAAAUCUUCCAGUUCCAAGCAAUCAAGGAUGAAAAGGCCGAAUGAAAAGAUGCCAGUGACCGAUGCAAUAAUCUCUUUAGCUUAAGUUUCAUUCAGUUUAUGGUGUUCUUAAGUAAAACAGCCUGUCAUCUUUGCUAACACACGCCAUUUACCUAUAAAACGCAAUUUGCUUAAUUUAGUCAAACAGACAAUGCCAAGUCACAGGGGCGGAUCGAGGAUUUUUUUUAGGAGGGGGUGCACUCGUCACUUGCUCUACUUCAACACCAAUAAACAGAAUACCAGUUGUAUUAGAAAACCGCAGGUCAUCUCGGGGGGGUUGGGCACCCCCUGCACCCUCCCCCUAGAUCCGCCCCUGAGUCAUAUUUUCUCAGUACAAAUACUUCUGUCCUCUGCAGGCAGGUCCGCUUUUGGUUGGGUUAUGCCUCUAUUAUUGAUUAUCUUUGAGCACAUUUUUCAUUUUGUAGAUUGGUAACUGAAGUUAUAAACAGCAGGCAUUCGAAUAAAGCAUAGAGCAAUGAGGUAAAAAAGUCAAGAAAAAAACCUCUUGCAGGUCGUCAAGUUAACCUGCAAAGGAGUUGUAGAAAAAGGUACAAAAUGGACUUCAUUUUGGAACAGAAUUAACUUGUCGAAAUUGACCGGCCGGGUGUAACUGUGCAUUAAGGGCCAGUGUUACCAUUUUCUUCAUGAGGUCUAUCUAUCACUAGCCUGACCUCAGCCCAUGUUUGAAUGUUUUCGUAAAAACGUUUAAAACUCAACCUAGUCGUACGCAUAGUUCAACGAAGCUAGUUAACACAUUUAUAUCUUACUUUAUCAUGAUCAGUUCUGUUUUUACAACACAGUAAGAUCUAUACGUAAUGAAUUCUACAAUAUUGUAUGUUUGUAAAUUAUACUCUGCAAGAUAAUUCCGUGUCGAAUUCCUGUGUCAUUCCUGACUGGGCCCUAUCGGGCCAACUUGCGGUACUGAAUUUAUCUUUGUCAGGCUUUUAUGUUCUCUUGUCUUUGUUCAGCUGAUCCGAUUCCAGUUGUCCCAGUUUGACUUUUGUCCUGAAUACCUUGAAACAGGAGGGAGGAGGCGUCUCUAUUGUUUUCGGGUAUUUGUCUGUGACCAGGAGGGAGGAGGCGUCUCUAUUGUUUUCGGGUAUUUGUCUGUGACCGAGUCAUCAUGACAGUGUGACGUCACAUAGCAACGACUCGGACCUUCGCGUCGCUUGAUCAGUUUAGCGUGGAGAAGCCAUCGAAGUUAAACAAAGAAAGGGCUAAUACAGGCUUUUGUUCAGCGUUGGUAAUACAAUUUGUCGUAAGUGUGCAAGCUUUGUUGCUUAUAUUGUUUGUGUGUAAAAGCUGUGUUUGUUUUGUCCUCACGUUUGUGUUAAAUUCUACUCCAAUUCACUUCGGGUCAGUGGCGUGGGCGCCAUUUUGAACUCGGAACUAGAUAAAUCCACCCUAAACUUCAGCCGUUUUCUCUUUAAAUUGCCAACCAAAUCUCCUCAGAAGAGGAGGUUUAAUUCAUCAAUAACAGAAGUUUGAUACGAUAGUUGAUUUGUGUUCAUGUAACGAGCCAUUUUGCUCAUCAAUCCUUUUGAAUGUGCAGAUACUGUGUUGAAUCGCGUGUGGUUUCUUGACUUCUUGACUGUCUGGGGUAAAUUUUGCAGACUUUAACGCUGUCAUUGUGUGUUAAGUUUGCUUGUUUGUUUACUGCUUGUGUCUAAGGUUUGCUGGUUAAUCUGGUGCCCCUCUGUUUUGAUCAAAGUAAUUGAAAAUUUACUGCUGUUGGUUGUUUUAUUCUGUUUUGUUAUUGUUGGUAAAAUUUGCUAUUUGCAUUUGUCUGCAGUUUUUUGUUGGCUUUUUCCCCGUAUUUUACUUCCCUGUGUCAUUGUUGUUGUUGCUUGUUAGCAGUGUUGUUGGCUUCUGUAUUUGCCUUUUAAAAAGAUUAUUCUUUUAAUUAAUUUAGUGUGACUAUUACUUGAGAAAAAAACAAUAAUGAUAAUAUUAAAGACAUAUAAAAGAGACAGAAAAAAAUAUUUUAAAUAAAAUGUACAUAGCUUAAUUGAAGAAGUUAUAUUAUUUUAAAAAGGAAAAAUUACUUAGUGAGAAAAGUAAUAAAGUAAGAUCAUAUUUAUAUAAUAUAUAUCUAUAAUUAUUUACUUUAGAAGAAGAAAACAUUAUGAUGAAUAAAAACAUUUUAUUGUGUAUAUAUUUGACAAUAGGCUUCUUGUUGUAUGAUUUAUAUUUUGACAUUAAUUGGCUUUUUAGUCCUCACAAUCAUAAGAUUGUGUAUCUUGUGAUGGCUGUUGUGCGUGUCCAUAUUGUUUUUGCAAUGGUUGCAAUAUCUUUCCCAGGCCUUUCAAACCUUCCAUGUGCCCUCUGCAUCCCUUCAAAGCCCCCAUCUUUUUUGGAGACACAAAUCCCUCACUCCUUUGAGUUACAAAGUAAAACUUUGCAUGUAGUAAAAAUGUUGGUCUCCUAUGUUUUGUCCUUUUUUAUUAUCCACUUCAAAGUGAAGGUAAUUUUAAACUUCAACCUCUCAAACUUCCUUGUUUCCCUUUUAGCCUUAACCACCAUUCUUUUUACACUGACGUUUUUGUUUUACAGGAAAGUAUUGUGCAUGGUUUCUUUAAGGCAAACGAUUAAAUAUAGAUCAACUUUAAAUUGUUUGUUAGAAAUGCUUCUAUUCCCUGCUGUUAUUACCUUGAAAUUUUUUCUAUCUUUGCUUGAUCCAGUUUACAAAAUUUUGUUACAUGUAAAGCCCCAAUUCAACUUUUCACUGGUACAAUAUUUUUGGAGAUUAAAAUCACAGCUCUUUUUCUCCUGUCUAAUGACCGUGUGCCUUUUUGUUUCUCAUGGCUUUUUACUGAACCUUGGUAUUACAAAAAAUUGUUCUUUAAACUGUGAACUUCAAUAUCCUGUUUACUUGGCAACUGCUGCUUUUUUGCUGAUAAUUUCUGCAGUCCCAUUUUCAUUCUUUGUGGGUUUAUAUGUUGUGACUAUUAUUAUAUUUGGGGAGACCUUUGAUGCCAGUUCCAAAUCCUGUACAGAAAUGCCACUCCUUUUUCCAAUUUUAUAUCUCUCAUUUGGUGUACUUUUAAGUUAUCCCUGUGCCAGACUGCUUGAAUUACACCACCCUGGUUUCCUUUUUAGCAUGUUGAUAAGAUCUAAAAGGUUGAUGACAACAAUUCAAAUUGUUGAUAUAACAGGCAAGCCACACACCCUCACUUUUGCACCAUAUGCCACAAUAAAAGAUCUAAGACCUCAAAUAAAUACUAAAUUCAAAAGGUUGAUGACAACAAUUCAAAUUGUUGAUAUAACAGGCAAGCCACACACCCUCACUUUUGCACCAUAUGCCACAAUAAAAGAUCUAAGACCUCAAAUAAAUACUAAAUUCAGAAUAACAAGUGAUUUGUACUGGUUGUCAUGCUUUGGAAAGCCUUUAUUCGAUUUUUUACUUUUGGAAGAAAUAAGAGGAACAGUUUUUAUGCAUGGGCGAUUGAUGGGAGGUGUACAAUGCUGUCUGAAGGGAUGUGAGAAUGAGGCAGGAUCAAGAAAAUUUGAUAGUAUGGUUGGGCGGUAUGAACUGGAAUGUGCCCCUGAUGAUGUUACACCUGAAAAUCUCAAAGAUCUUAGGGUAUGUGAUAAACAUUACGGCAGUUUAUCAGCAAGAGGGCAUAAGCCUCCUAAGGGGAGAAGCUCCACUAGAUCAUGCAGCGAUGCCCAGCUGGGCAUCCUGAAAGUUACACCAUGUAUAGUGACUUGUUCACAAUGUGGCAACAAGGUUUGCCUGAGUAGUGAUGUUCCCUGCAAGAAACACCACAUAAAUAUUUUCAAAAAUACGUUUUCAGUGGGAUGCAAUUUUUUGAAUGAAAGAACUGGCAAUAAGACUGAUUUACAUAAUGACUUGUAUAGUGUAGAUCCUUGUGAUGGAACUUUUCCAGACUACAUAUGCAUGUCAUGUCAGCCUUUCUAUUUAAAAUCCAUUAAAAUAGAGCAUGAGUACAAAGAAGCUCAAAACAUCUUCCACCAAAAACAAGGUUGUUCAAUUUCCACAAUAACGACAGAUGAUGACAGCAACAAGCAUGAGUUUUUUGAGGAAACAACUAUUAAUCCAACUAAAGGACAAGCCACUGUGCUAUCAGAAAAAAUGGUCUUGGAUAGAGAAUUUGCUGUGUCUGAUGCUUUAAACUGUAAAGCAGGUAUUUUUACAGAUGUGUUGAAUGAAAUAAUGACACAAACUGCUCCAAAAGGAACCAGUAGAUGCAGGAAAUGACAGUGAAGUACAGUCAUCACCUCUGCCAGUUCAUACAGUUUUUCAAACAGUUAUUUCAUGUAUUUUUCCAUGGACAGUGUCAUUUACUCAGCACACUACAGAUAAUACCAUGAAGGUUACUUUUUCUCUUCCAAAUAUCGGAAAAGGUGGUGUAAUAACGAAGUGGAAGGAGUUAACCCUUUUUCUUCCUUCCGGAAUAAAAACAUUUCCUUCAAAGGAUUUUAGUCCAUUUACAGUAGAAUUCUUGGGUAACAAAAUUGACCAUGGGGAACUCCCACACAAUAUUUUUCAAGAAAACAUAUUAAACUCUGCUUUGGGUGUCAUGCUUAAAACUAUUGAAAACUUACCGGUUUGUCCAGGUAUAUAUGAUCCAGCCCUUGUUGAUAUGGCUGAAAGAAAAAGGGAAACAAAUUUAUACUUUGUGGAUGAAAAAGGAGCAAAUGUAGAUGGAGAGAUUGUCAAGUGCAUUAGGAGCUUAAAUUGCACCUACAAACUACCUGUCCAUUCAAAAACCAGAUGCCACAAAUGUCAAGAUAUUUUACGAUCUUGCUUUCGUUGGAAAACAAAUCCUUCAUCUGAAUCAUUUGAGUCUAAAACAGCCUAUGAUUCACACACUAAACUCAGUAAUCUUUCACGUACUGAACUCAUAGCCAGAGCAAAAAAUCUACACAAAGUGGUUGCUCAAAGCCAAACAAAAGCAAAACGAUUUUACAGUUUGUACCUAAAAGAGAAACAAAAAAAUGUGACACUUGAUGAACCCACAGAAAGUGAAAAACAUGCAAUGCAGACCAAAUCUUACAUUUCUGAUGCAUUUGAUUAUUCGCAUGAAUUUCAAAUGGUCAAAACACAAGAUCUUUGGGAAUAUAGGGAAUUUGACAGAUCUCUCAUGCCAAAAGCUAGCAAUAAUCACGAUCAUCUUGAACAAGUAAGACGUUUCAUUUAGAAAAAUGGUUUUCAAAAACCAAUAAUUAUAUCAUGUGAUCUUACAACUGGAAGAGCCUAUAUCACUGAAGGAAACCAUCGUCUUUGGGUGGCCAUUCAGGAAGGUAUACCAUUCAUACCAUGUUGUGUUAUUCCUCACUGGCUGCCCCCCAAUGGCUCUUACAAAAAGCUUGAAAUUGAUUUUUCCACUUCAAAAUUUGGGGAAACAGUACUUCCUGAACAAUUGUGAUUGACGGUUGCACAGACUGGUUUCAAUAAGUGCAUAACACAAUAACCUUCAUAAAAGAUGUAUCAAAUCUAUUUCUGUUUGUAUACAUAAACUUCAACACUAUCAUAAUUAUAGUGUUCUUAAAUUAAAAAUAAUUAGUAUUAAUUUGUUGAUUUUAAUAUUUUGUACUUUGACAAUAGAGAUUCCUUGCACCCCUGAUCAAAAAUUAUUUAAUGGAAUAUUGCAGGUAAUAUUGUACAAUGCAACUGCACAUAGAUUCUAGCCUAGCAGUGUUAUCCCUCUAGCAUUAAUAUAUGGAGAGCCGUUUGAAUUGUAGAGCCUGAACAAUAAUUUUAUAACCUGCAUGUAUUUCAGAAGCUAUCUAUUUGCCAUUCAAAAAAUUACUUUUUUCUGAUGUUGAUUCACGCACAAAACAUGCAUAUAAGUCUCCUGUUAUUAGAAGUAAACGAGUAAAUUUCAAAACUUACCACUGAUCUCUACUGCCAACCUGUUGCAGCAGGUAGUGACUUGAUGUAAGCAGAUUACAUUUAUGUCGACUCCACAUUUUUUCAUUCCAUCGACUUUAAAGGGAUUGAUGAGAAGAACUACGCACUUUGGCUCGCUGAAACUCGGCGUACAUUAAGCUCAAUGUAUCAUAUACCAAUCCUCCUAUUCUGAGAUCAGGACAUUGCCACACCACCUCGCACGUUGCCAGAAAGCGAUGAACGAUCAUACAAACUGUGCCAAAUUAUAGACACUUCGCGGUACCUUUCUUCGCCUCAUGAGAUGCUUUAGAAACUUUUUCCGACUGAACCUUAUGGCGAAUAUUUCCAUGUUAUUUUUCAAAAGCUCUGCCUUAUUGAAGAAGGCAAAAGAUGAAUCCAAACAUUCAGAAAAUUGACAUCCUUUACAACGUAACGAACAAGAAAUUUGCCCGCCAUUUUGAAAAUCACCGAUGUAUGACGUGACGUCACACUGGCAGUGAUCAGUGAACCAAUUCUCGGUUUUCACAUGACGUCAUCAAAAUUCAAACUAAGAAACUAUCGAUUCUUCUGAGAUUCUGAGUUUCAUGAGGUAUUACAGCACCUAAACACCUUUAUUUAAACAGAGGUUUGGUUCGAAAGGGUUCUUCGUUUUGCGAUAGAGGACGUUUGAAUUUCUAGGCUUUUGCGUGACGCGGCAUUUAGCUGGCGGCCGGGACUGCUCUUCUGUGGGUUAAAAACAUUACCAGUUUUGGGAGAUUUUGCUAUCUAAACAUUCCUUCUGUCAGAAUAAAUAUCACUUUAAUAGUUUACAUAACAUAACAUAACAUACAUGUUUAUUCAAACUCAUAAUGACCACAUGAAUUCGAAAGGGAGAGUCUAGAGGUUAACCCUAUGAAUAAAACUCUCCUAAAAACAACACACAAUAAAAAUUACAAUAAAAAUUACAAUAAAAAUUACAACUUUAAAAAGGAUUUGAGUUUACAUUUAAAAAGUUCAAGGGAACCGGCUUCAACAACAUUACUAGGUAAAUUGUUCCAGUAACUAAUUACAUUGUUAAAAAAAGAAUAUUUAAAACAGUUGAUUCUAGAUAAUUUACAAUAAAGCUUAUACGAGUGAUUUGCCCUAGUGGAUUUGACUUUUGCGAAUUGAAAGAAUUCCUCAAAAUCCAAGUGUGAUAAGCCAAACACGAUCUUAUAACAUUCAACAAGAGAGGAAUAUGUCCUACGACUGGACAAAGAUGGCCAAUGUAACGAGUCACAACGCUCUUCUUUUUUGCCUAAGAGCUAAUCUUGACGCGCGUCUUUGCACGCUCUCUAUUGCAUGAAUAUCUUUGACAAGAUAUGGGUUCCAGACUGGAGCAGCAUACUCUAGAAGUGGUCUGACCAAUGUUUUGUAAAGCAAUGAAAAAGUUGUUGUAUUAGCUGUUCCAACAGACCGUCUUAUUAGCCCUAGGACUUGGUUCGCCUUAUUCACCAUGGUACUAAUAUGUUCCUCCAAGUAAGAUCUUUUGAUAUAAUAAUUCCAAGAUCUUUAAAGCUCUUGACAUCUUUUAAGGCCGUACCUAGUUUAUAAUUCGUAGUCGAUUUGUCACGAGAAUGCGUUAUUCGCAUUGCUUCACACUUUUCCUCAUUGAAACGAAGUUGCCAUUUUUUCGCCCAUUUACCAAGAUUAUUCAAAUCAGUUUGAAGAUAUUGUUCAUCGAGACUAGGGUUGCGAAGCUCUCUGUAAAUCUUAGUGUCAUCCGCAAAUAAUUUAAUUUUUGAAGAGACACUAUCAACGAUAUCAUUUAUAUAUGAUAGGAAUAAAAUUGGACCAAGAAUAGUUCCCUGUGGGGUACCAGAUAUCACAGGUGCCCAAUCAGAAAAAGUCCCUCUUACAACAACUCGUUGCUUUCUACACGUGAGGAAAUGCCUCAACCAGUUAAGAAGUUUGCUCUCAAUACCGAGGCUAUAUAACUUUAUGAGUAGACGCUCAUGAGGAACACUAUCAAAAGCCUUUGCGAGAUCAAGAAAUACAACAUCUGUUGCUACAGAUGAAUUCUAGAUUUGGCGAAGUCAUGAAAAGUAGAGAGUAAUUGGGUCACAGUAGACCUACCCUGCAAAAAAACCAAAUUGGUUUUUGUUUAUCACGUUAUGGUCUUGCCAAAAUGACGUUAACCUAUCGCGUACGAUUUUUUCGCUGAUUUUGCAUAUCAUGGAUGUAAGCGAAAUUGGACGAUAAUUCUCCCUCAAGUGUUUAGAACCUUUCUUAUGAAGUGGGACAAUGUCAGCUGAUCUCCAAUCUUCGGGCAAAUGGCCCAGCAGGAAAGAUUUGUUAACCAGAAAUGAGAUCGUGGGCGCCAAUUCGAACGCACAUGAUUUUAAAAUUACUGGUGAAAUUCUGUCUGGACCCGGGGACUUGUUCGUUUUAAGAGACUUAAGAUGCUUUAAAAUUUCCUCAGUAGUACAGGAAAUAUAAUUAAGUUUCUCACAAACUAAAGGCUCUAAAGAAGGCAAGUUGGUGAAGUCCUCGGAGGUAAAAACAGAUGAAAAAUAGGAAUUAAAACUACUAGCAAUACUCUCAUCGUCAAUCCGUUCUUUGUCACCAACCUUUAAAGAUACCAGAGUGUUCGUACCGUUACGUUUGCUUUUAAUAUAAUUCCAGAAAGGCUUGGAAUUACCAGAAACUGCAAUAUCAGAGGCCAUAUUGUUGAUAUACGUCCAUCGAGCUAAGUUACAUUCUCUUUUCACGACAUUGUUCAGUUUUCUGUACUUCUCCCCAAGGGCUGGAUUGCUGCUUUUUCGCGCUUUGUUAUACAACAAUUUCUUUUUUCUGCACAACCUAAUAAGAUCCUUUGUUAUCCAAGGUGCAUUACAUGAGUUUUUUAAGCGAUGAAUUAACGCAUUAGUAGGAAAACUCAAAAACAGAUGUUUCUGUUGGUUUCCGGCGGCCAUAUUUGUGCCCCUCAAAGGGACACAAACAUGGCGCCUCCAUACAAAGCUUUAUAAAUUUGGGUAAAACGUUUUUCCUAAUAUCUCGCAUAUGAAAUAUCGCACAGACCUGAUUCUUGGCAAGGUCUUUUGCUUAUUUAUCUUCUUUUAUUUCCAAGAUUCGGGACUUUCUGUAUCGAAUGGUUUGCAAUUUUAUUUUUGAUUGCGUGACAGUGAAAACCGAGAAUAGGGACCUUAAGAUACCCUGGACGCGGCGGUAAAGAGAACGGAGAAAGCCUGGAGCGAGGACGCCGCCACCUUCGUGGGAAAAACAAAUUAAGAUUCAGCAGGUUGAGUGGAGUGCUCGCCUGACGGGAGAGGAUAGAGUAAUGCGUUCGUGUUUUAAUUCCAUGACGUCUUUUAGAAAAACUCGUGAAGUCUUGCUUGAUUGAUACCUUAACGAUCUUUUAUUGGAAGAAAAAUUUGUGCUGCCGGCUAUGACUCCAGUUUCUCUAAAAAAAAAAAACAAAUUUCUUCGAGGGAAACUUAAGGGUAUGAUCGGAGUCAGGAGCCGAUUGUCGGAGUUCAGGUUAUCAGCUAUUUGUUGCCGGACUUUUUCGCUUUCCGUUGUUCUAGAUCUUGCCUUAAAACGAUAUGGUUCUGUUAUGAGAACUUCCCGUACUAAGGCGAGAUUUUGAUCUUCAGACCGCUCCAUCGCUGAACUGAAAGUGAACAAAAUAAAAUUAUAAAAGUUAAUAAAUGAACCAUGGCGUCUUGUUCAAGAUCUCAAUUUUCUCUGACAUGUUUAAGUUUAUUACAAGCCUAGAUUUUUGUUUUCCAACAAUUUUUAUUCGACUUCUCGUCUCUUAAAUUUUUCAAAUACUAUCCUAAACCGAGAACGUCGUCUCCUUAAAAACAAGCAGCUAUAGUGUUACAUUUGUGUCGAAAGACUCAGCGCUUUCAUUCUCAGUUGCCGCCAAAACACUGAACCCAAAAGGCUUGAUAGCAAAAAAAUAAGAGUCAAUCUUGGGAGAGCACCACACUAAAACACUUAAAUGUGUCUCUUGAAGUAAAAUGGAUCGAAAAUCCUGUACGAAAAGCAAUUUCUGCACUGAAAACAAGAAAACCAACUCACCGUUUUACGAGGCGGUCCAACUUCUAGUUUUCACCGUCGCGACUCCAGGUCGACGCUGUGGCAUUAUGCUAAUUAGUUCCAAGAAUUGAACAUUUCACUUCCGGUUGACGUCCUCCUCGGCCGCGUCCAGAGUAUCUUAAGGUCCGUAAUGUUUACCCUAGAGACGGCCCCUCCCUCCUGCCUUGAAAAGAAACCCGAUAAUGAGAUAUACAUCAUCGUAAUUCAGCGUUACUCAGUUAAGUACAAUUAACAAGCAAAAUGAGUACAAAUAUCUCACGGGGUACUCAUAAAAAUAUACUAAUAAAAUAAUGAGCUGAACAUCACUCACUGGGGCUAGCGUAUAUGUUGUAGUUAGUUUUUUAUCUCAAAUAAUUUUUGUUUAAUUUUCUUUCGUUUGUGGGUAUGGUAAUGUAUGCUAAUUAAGUUGAAAAAAAGAAAACUAAAAAUUACCUGAGAUAAAAAAAAAACUGCAACAUAUAUGCUUUGAUAUUCGGGUACAAAACACUGAAUACAUGAUCUGUAGAAGCAAAUCGGUUAAACAUGUUGAAAUUAUAUUGAAAAAAUUAUGAUGUGAAGGAGUGUCUCCAUACCGAGCGACCAAUCUUACUUACAUUAAAAAAUGUUAAACAAAUUUAAAUUUAUCGUUUUCUUUCGCACAGUCAGCAGCUGUGCAAAUUUCGUGGAACAUAAGAAAUUUGCACAUGAAAAAAGAUUUCAAUCCCCACAGGUCUCCACAGGACUUUUUUGUACACCAAUAUGGCCGCCGUGACGUCAUGUGAAAUCUUUCUCUAUACGCCGAAUUCAGAUUGUAUUAUAAAAAAAAAAACAGUUAGAUGUUUAGAAACAAUCAAGCAGUGUUUGAUCAAACAUACUGAAAAUUGUUAAGAAAGAGUGCAUUCAAUUUCACGGAAGAUGAAUAUUGUUCUCUAUGUAAGUUUCAAUUCAAAAUAAUGUGUUAUACACAGCAGUUGAAAUUUGUGCUUAAAGUUAUCAGAUUUCUAAAUUGAGGGGAAGAAUAAGUGUAGGAGUGACAUAAUCUUGAUUUUUCGUCAGAUAAUGAAGCAGGUGAGUUUAAAAAAGUCGGUCAAGGCGAGCUGUAAGUCAUUACAUAAUGACAGUCAUCACUCCGAAUGGGAGACUUCGGGAGGAAAAAAGAAAUGUUCCCGAUAGAGGAACUAGAUUUAAUAGUGGUUAUUAAAUCCUAAAGCAAUUAUUUCACUAAAUAUUGUGUAAUUUCUGUACAACAUACGAGUUUGUCGGUCUGUUUACAGAAAUAACAGGCUCUUUAUUUAUAUCAUUGCAACUAUCGUCACUCCUCUGGGUAUUGGACUUCUAAUAACAGGGAGCUGGCCUUUUUGCGUCAUUUUGCAAAUAGCCUAUUAUAAACAUUAGGGUCUCUUUAAAUUGUACCUCCUAAAUUUCAGGACGCUGUUAAUGUACAAUUACCCCUAAAAGGAUGUAUACAACCUCUAUGUUCACGACACUUUACGCUACUUGUCUUUCCUAUAACUCAGAGGUGCCAUAUUUUCACCCUCUUUUAACAUUAAAGUUCCAAUUUUAAUUUAGAACAGAAUCUUCGUGAAAAACACCUCUUGCUGUGAUCCUAUCCUUCGGAUUAAUUAAAUUUGUUAAAAGUAGACGGUUAACAGAUCUUAUGAAGUAUGAAGUCUUAACUUUGCAGUGGCGCCUAAGCUUUCUCCCCUAGGCUCCAUCGUCUCUUUUGCAAAUGAGACGACCACGUCAAAAUAAAGAUUCAUUAGCAUUAAAAAAUUUAGAUGUUUAUGAAAAACCAAGCAGUGUCUUAUUAAACCAGAAUCUUAUAACCCCGAAGGGGUGAUAUGCUUCCAAAUAAUCAUAAAAAAACCGAACCGAAAUACAUUCUCUGUUAAGUAAGUCGAUCAUCGACUUGCUAUUAAAAUAAUCCGUAUAAGAGUCUGCUACUUUAGAAAAAGACAAAAUGAGAAAAAAAGAAAAGAAAAGAAACCUGGAAAAGAUGGGGUGAGAGUGCGCUAAGUAGAAUAAACUUGUCUAAUACAUGAUAUGAUGAAGCAGCUGUGUUAACAAAAGUCAUGGUGAAGAAAUAAAUUAUUCUUCUUAUGGUUAUUUUAUUAAUGAGAGUUGUCACUCCUGUUGUCACUCUAAAUGGGAAAACAACGUGAUGUUAAUCUUCCUUUGGGAAAUCACCUGUAACUGUGGCACUUGAAAGCUUUUCACCAUUUGCAUUGGGCUUACCAAUAGAUCAUUUUGUCACCAUCUCUUUCGAUAGCAGUUUAAACUGUGGUCAUUGAGAACGUUUACAAAGACCAAGUUCGACAAUGGUGGGCGCUCUCGAAUCGCGCAGUACAGCCUUAAAAGUUGUAGAAGCUGGAGCAAUGAUUGCAUUAAAUAUUGCGUGGCUUUUGGGCAACAUCCUAGUUUGUUUGUCGGUUUACAGAAAUAACAGGCUCCGCACCACAACAAAUCUGUAUAUCAUUGCAUUGGCUGUAAGUGACUUGAUAGCUGCAACUCUCGUCAUGCCUCCAGCUACUGGAGUUCUUAUCACAGGUAGAUGGCCUUUUGGUGAAACGGCUUGUCAAAUACACGCUUAUCUCAGUCUUUUUGCAGUGUAUGUUUCGCCUGUAACCAUGGGUCUUACUGCAGUUAAUAGAUACACAAAAAUAUGCAAAUCAGAUCAGCAAUAUAAUCUAUUCUUUUCGAAGAAAAAAUCUCGUAUUUUUCUUGGAUCUGCCUGGACAUUUGUAGCUCUCUACAUUUUAAUACCACGUGUAACUGGUCUGCAAGAUUUUCAUUUUGUGCCAAGCUACGCAGCUUGCUUAAACAGGCACUUGAGUAAUUUUGGGAAAAUGGUUCACUACUUUGUCGUUCUCGGCUUGUUUUUCGUCCUUCCCCUAGCGGUGACAAUAUUCAGCUACAGAAAAGUUUUGAAAAAGAUUCAGGAACACAAUACUGGAACAGCGCAAAGUCUUCGAAUAAACAACAACGAGACAGUCACGUCAAAUGAGAUUCGACUAAGUAAGUCUCUGUUUGUUGUCGUCUUUGCGUUCAUGUUGUGUUGGGUACCCGCUUGGUUUAUCACCAUCCUGACAAGAUUGGGUUUUUUUCAAUAA